UCCAGCCCGGGACCAGGGCUUGUCGCUGUCUGCUGCCCCGCGGGGGCGCCCGCCGGGUCCCGCGCAGCGCAGAGACCGGACCAGGUCGCGGAAGCCGGUCGCCCAGCCCAGCCGCCGCACAGACCUAUCCAGCUCGGCUCUCAGUGUAGUCCACCCCUUGGGCCCCACCAGGAUCAACUCUGAGUUUCCCGGUGCCCGCUUCAGAGUUCUCCUUCUACCCACAAUCCUCCUGUGCUCCACCGCUUACUCACCUUCCCUUUCCUAGCAUCCCUUCCCACAGUCCCCAGCCCCAGCAAGCCCUUCCUCUUUGUCCAGCCCCAGAGGACAUUUUGAUGACUUUACACAGUUCGAUAUUUCCUGCUGGGGUCCCAGCAGGUGCCAGCACUCCCAAGUCGCAUCUUCCCAACUCAAUGCUCUCCUGGGUUAUUUCUUGAGUCUUCCGAGACAAUUCCGUCCCGUUGGUCCGUCAUCGUGUCCAUGCUUACUCCCUAAGACCUCAAUAAGCAUGACACCUUUGGUGUCUUCAUCUCCUCCAUAAACACUGCCUUCAUCUGUUUUUUUUUCCCCUGUGCCCCCAUCUUUAUAGGAAUAUCAGAUAUUCCUGUUCUGAUUGCUUGCUCAGACGCUCCUAUUGACGUUAGUCCCACCUCUUAUCCUACCUCCAUCCUUCCUUGACGCUCUUCCUCUCAAGUUCUCCUUUGGCUUGGCCUGCCACAAAGCAAACCCGGGCCGCUGUCCUCGUGAACCACCUCCUAUGAUGUCCCCCUGAGCCUCCAAAGAGGGGGCUCGGGGGGCCCGAUGGCCUCCCGCCCCCCGUGGCCCUGUAGCCCCAGCGGGCCAGGGGAAGAGCCCAGGAAGCCCCAGCGCCCAGGAUGGGCAACCGCACGUGGGAGGGCUGCCACGUGGACUCUCGAGUGGACCACCUCUUCCCGCCAUCCCUCUACAUCUUCGUCAUCGGGGUGGGACUGCCCACCAACUGCCUGGCCUUGUGGGCGGCCUACCGCCAGGUGCGCCAGCGCAAUGAGCUGGGCGUCUACCUGAUGAACCUGAGCAUCGCCGACCUGCUGUACAUCUGCACGCUGCCGCUGUGGGUCGACUACUUCCUCCACCACGACAACUGGAUCCACGGCCCCGGCUCCUGCAAGCUCUUCGGCUUCAUCUUCUACAGCAACAUCUACAUCAGCAUCGCCUUCCUGUGCUGCAUCUCCGUGGACCGCUACCUGGCCGUGGCCCAUCCGCUGCGCUUCGCGCGCCUGCGCCGGGUCAAGACCGCGGUGGCUGUGAGCUCUGUGGUCUGGGCCACCGAGCUGGGCGCCAACUCGGCCCCGCUCUUCCACGACGAGCUCUUUCGAGACCGCUACAACCACACCUUCUGCUUCGAGAAGUUCCCCAUGGAGAGCUGGGUGGCCUGGAUGAAUCUGUACCGCGUCUUCGUGGGCUUCCUCUUCCCCUGGGCACUCAUGCUGCUGUGCUACCGCGGCAUCCUGCGGGCCGUGCAGAGCAGUGUGUCCACGGAGCGCCAGGAGAAGGUCAAGAUCAAGCGUCUGGCCCUGAGCCUCAUCGCCAUAGUGUUGGUGUGCUUUGCACCCUACCAUGCCCUCCUGCUGUCUCGGAGCGCCGUCUAUCUGGGCCGGCCCUGGGACUGCGGCUUCGAGGAGCGAGUCUUCUCCGCCUACCACAGCUCCCUGGCGUUCACCAGCCUCAACUGCGUGGCCGACCCCAUCCUCUACUGCCUGGUCAACGAGGGAGCCCGCAGUGACGUGGCCAAGGCUCUGCACAACCUCCUGCGCUUCCUGGCCAGCGACAAGCCCCAGGAGAUGGCCAACGCUUCCCUCACCCUGGAGACACCCUUGACCUCCAAGAGAAGCACCACCAGCAAGGCCUCCGGGGCUGUCUGGGCAGUGCCUCCCACCGCCCAAGGGGACCAGGUGCCGCUGAAGGUGCUGCUGCCGCCAGCACAGUGAGCCUCAUCCCCGAUUCUCACGCCUUGCCCCUCUCUGCUGUGUGCAAAUGUCUGUAAAUACGGCCCUGUGAAUAUUCGUAAUACAAGAAAAAAAAAUGAGGUUUUUGUCUCUUUCUCAGACAUCUCCCACCAUGAUCCCCAAUGAUUCCCUUUAACUGGCAGGGCCUGGUGGGGGGAGUCUGUCAUCAAUGGGCUCCCAGGAGGGAAGUCAGCCUUGGAGAGUUCAGGACGAGGUGAUAAUUAACUGUUUCUAACAGAUAAAGACAGAAGAGCUUGGUCUAAUGGCACAGGUUUAUAAUCCCAGCGACUUGGGAGGUCGAGGAAGGAGGAUUUGGAAGUUCAAGACCUACUUGGACCACAAAGUGAGACCCUGUCUCAAAAUACUAAGCGCAACAAAGCCUGGGAAUGUAGUCCAGCAGUAAGUGUCUAGCUAGAAUCCCUGGCCAGGGGCUGGGGGUGUGGCUCAGUGGUAGAGCCCUUGCCUAGAAUCCCCUAGUGAGGGGCUUGGGGGUGUGGCUCAGUGGUAGAGCCCCUGCCUAGAAUCCCCCAGUGAGGGGCGGGACUGUGACACAGUGGUAGAGCCCCUACCUAGAAUCCCCCAGUGAGGGGCUGGGGGUGUGGCUCAGUGGUAGAGCCUCUGCCUAGAAUCUCCCAGUGAGGAGCUGGGGGUGUGGCUCAGUGGUAGAGCCCUGUCUAGAAUCCCCCAGUGAGGGGGCUGGGGUGUGGCUCAGUGGUGGAGCCCCUGCCUAAAUCCCCCAGUGAGGGGCUGGGGUGUGGCUCAGUGGUAGAGCCCCUGCCUAGAAUCCCCUAGUGAGGGGGCUGGGGUGUGGCUCAGUGGUAGAGCCCUUGCCUAGAAUUCAUGCUGGUGAUAGUAAUUCUUUGUGUUUUGGAAAAAAAGAGUAUGGUUAUUUAAUCAUAGUCUGGCUUUGAGUUCAUGGUCCUCCUUCCUCAGCUUCCUAAGUGCUAGGCUUACAGGAGUGAAUUGUUGUGCAGCAGAGUUUCUGAGAUUCUACACAAACAGCAUCCUCUCAGUCUGGGAUGGUGCAGGAGGAUGAGGAAUGUCAGAAGCAGAUGAGGGCCAAUCCCGGCAGACUGCCUGGAGCAGUAAGCAGGACUGGCUUAGGAGGAGGCUCAGGACAAGAAGAGCAUCCACCCACCCACCCUC